AGGUUUAUUGAGACAUGGCUUGUAUGUGCCAAGUUAAAAUAAUAAUUGAGAUCGUUUCCACAAACAAGUCUAUAUUUUAUAUUCGGGUAGUCGAUAGACACCUGAAUUGUUUUAACUUGAAUCGUGAACUUCCAUGCUAAAUUACUCAGUAAUUUUUAAUCGAUUGCUCUUUUAUUGUUCAUCUGUGAGUCUGUCAAAAAAGUUUUGAAAAUACCAUCUCUAAAUAUAUUCGACAUGGGAUACUAAACCACAGUGAAAUGUUGUUUACAUUCAUUCAGCUGUACACUUCUAAUUUAUUAUAGUUAUUUUACCUUCAUCUAUUACAAGGAAUUUCACUACAGGCUAGUGCAUCAUGUUAAUGUUUAUCUUAUCGGUGUUUAUUUCGAUAGUCUGGUUAAUCCAACCAGCUUCUGGCUAUGUUACCUUGUUUGCUCCAUUCAACGCGAUCGGCCUCCGCGGUAAUAUAACUUUCAGACAAGAAUCUAAUGAGUCUGAGGUUACGGUGGCUAUAAAUUUAUUGCCAGUGACUUUAAGAGAAAAAUCAAUCGACUAUCAGUGGGCUAUAAUGUCCUUUCCCUAUUUUCUGGGUUCCCCUUGUCGGCCAGAAACCCUAGGUAAACUUGAGUAUAACAUGACUACCAAACAUGGACCUAUCCAAGUUGUCCCAGUUAAUCUAGGUGGACAAGUUUUCACUGAUGGCGAAUUGUCCCUGCAUGGACGUAAGUCAAUUUGGUCAUCUUCAAUUAUUAUUACUGAUGGAAAACAUUAUGGCUGUACAAAUAUUCGACAUGAAUCAGACACUAAAACAGCUAAGGCGCAAUUUUAUGCACCUUUUGCUGGUACUGUUGUGUUUCGUGAGAAUGAACUCGGCGAUACUGUGAUAAUGAGCAAUCUAUUUUACAUUGGAAGCGAAUUUAGAGUCAACUCUCAACACGACUGGAAAAUAUUAGUUACUGAUAUUCUGGACAGUAGACCAAACACUGAUUCUAAAUGUCACUAUUUGACAACUUUACUCGAUCCAGAUAACACAGAUGAUUCUCAGUGUACGGAAAGAAACCAUGGCAAUUGUAAGAUAGGCGAUUUAUCCCGUAAACAUGGUCAAGUUACUGUCUAUAAAGCCAAUAAUAGAGGAGCAAAACAAAAGUUCAUUGAUACUAAUCUUCCUCUAUCCAUCUUUGACUCAACACGUUCGUCUUAUAUUGUCAUCUAUGAAAAAAACAAUCCUUCUCGCCCGAUAAGCUGUGGAUUGAUUACCCCAGUUAAAAAGAAAGAAGUAAAAGCCAUGAUUGAUAUGGAUGGCGUUAAAGGUUACAUUGGUUUCAGUCAAGCUUUUCACACUGACCCGACCAUUGUGACAGUGAAGCUAGAUAAUCUAAGAGGCCGUGGUCUUUUUUACAAAAUAUAUUCGUUCCCAAUAAGUCCAGUUUUAUCUAAAGAAAAAUCAUCUGCGUGUUCAAAUUUUGUAACUGGGGAUUCUUACAAUCCUUUUAGAGUCAAUUCUAACUCUUCUCCUAAACCAGGAAAAGGAACGCAAGAUCAAUACGAGGUUGGAGAUUUGAGUGGUAAAUAUGGAGGAUUAGUUGAGGAUCAAAAUGGCCAUGUAACUCAAAUUCAUGUGGAUCUUAAUUUACCCUUAUUUGGCCGCCACUCAAUUAUCGGCAGAUCUCUUGUCAUCCACAAGAUCGAUGACUCCAAUUGGAUUUGUGCUACCAUUGGAUAUCCAGGACCAGUUGUUACUGCAGUGGCAACUUUUUAUUUCCCCGUAGCAGGUCGAAUCAUUUUUCGCCAAGAAGCUGACCAGCCAACUUCGGAAGCAACAGUGUUUGCUGAUCUCAGUUACUCAGACGGAACCUACAAUGAUACCACUGAUUUUCCUUGGCAUAUUCACACAAACCCACCAAAUAAUGAUUUUUACAGUUGGAAAGACAGAUGUAACUCAACUGGGCCUCAUUACGAUCCUUUUAGUGUUGGGCAUUCGUCAUACGAUACGUUUUGCACUCCUGACAACCCUUUCCGAUGUGAACUUGGUGAUUUAGCCAAAAAAUCAGGGUUAAAAAUGUCCAUCGCUGGAUAUAGUGGCUCUAAACAGGUCAAAUUAUUCUAUACUGAUGAAUUUCUCCCCUUAUCCGGAGCUUAUUCGAUUAUUGGAAAAUCCAUUGUCGUUCAUGAUAUAAACGGACCUGUACAACGUGGAAACAGAUUGGCAUGUACACCAAUUAAAAAGCUUCAUCCAAUGACAGCUUCAGUUAGAUCUUGGAGAUUUGGUGGAGAUAAAGCAAAAGUAUCAGGAUCAAUAACUUUCCAUCAUGUAAACCCGUUCGAUGCAACUCACACCAAAAUUGAGCUUCAUGGUCUCGAUAAACAAGCGUCAGGAUUUCAUGUCCAUGAAGUAUCAGUCCCAGAAGAUCGUGAAUUUCCUUGUAGCAAUGAUUCAGUUUAUGGUCAUUUCAAUCCUCUUGGAGUUGACUCACGUAUAACCCAUUAUCCAGGCGUUGGAAGCUCUGAUCAAUAUGAAAUUGGAGAUUUAUCUGGUAAAGUUGGAACUUUACAAGGCAAAGAUUCAUGGCGUCACUCUUAUUGGGAUUCAAAUUUACCUCUUUUCUGGUUAAAUUCAAUCAUUGGGCGAUCAGUUGUCAUUCACAAAGCAACACGAGAUGAAAGAUGGGUUUGUGGAAGCAUUGUGCCUGAAGUUAAGAAAAGUGAAGCUCGAGAAAUUGUUGCUUUAGCUACUUUCGAUGAUCCCAAGCAUUUGAUAAAUGGUUUUGUACGUUUCCGACAAUUUGAAUAUAAAGAUGGUUCCACAAGUGACACAUUUCUUGAGGUUGAUCUAAAACACAAAGGAAAUUAUAAUCGUAAUAUAACUAAAGGUCAUCGAUGGUCUGUCUUUGUUAAUCAAGUUGGUGCAGAUGCUUUUCAGACGGUCGAGUCAGUUCGAUGUGUUGCUUCUGGUUACAUUUGGAAUCCCUACCAAACAGAUUCCAAUAAAUUUCCUGAUCUUUAUAAGCGCCAUUGUACACCAACUAAUCCAUUAAGAUGUGUUUUGGGUGAUUUAUCGGGUCGAAAUGGUCCUUUAAUUAUUGGAGGUAAACGCAGAGUUAUAACUGAUGUUAAUCUUCCUUUGGUUGGAAAUGCAUCUGUUGUUGGGCGAUCACUAAUUAUCUAUCAUAAAGAUGAAAGUGACACUAAAAUGGCCUGUGCCAACAUUCUUGCUGAUUUCCAUUUACAUCAAACCUUUAUGAUUAGUAGUAACCCAACCUUUACCGUUGCCAAGUUCAUGGAUCAUAUGCGAAGUCAGUUAAAGACAACUGAUUGGCUAAUUAAGGUGGACAAUCAAGAAACCAAAUUAGUAUUUGACGGUGAAUGUAUUUCUUUAGGUGUAAAUUUUUAUGGUCCAAAUGCAUAUCGUCUUAAGGAGGAAUUUGGUAAUUUAUUAAAUUACGGAUCUGUACACAAAAAUAGUCAAGGUGGUGUUGUCAGAUUAUCAACAUCUUACACUGUCUGCAAACCAGUUAUUUCUGGUUCAAUCAAUGUACUUCCCAAUUUUAAUCUCAUACUCAUUUUAAUUGGAUCAAUUGGACUCGUAAUUUUAAGGAAGGAUUUUUUUUAAAUCAUGGAUAAUACAAUCUAUCACUAGUCUUUACUAAGCUUAAUCAAAGCCACUUUCUUACCUCCAUCUACUGUAAAUGAAUUCAUCGCAAUCAUCGUUACUCAUUCAACUCACGUAAAUUGGCAAACCAGCAAUAUUUCCCAAACACUGAAGCUAAAUACUAACAAUUUGACUCAAAUUUAGUGCCUUAUUUGGCCUUUUAGAAUCUCAAUUUUUACCUUUUCAAGCGUUCACAUGUACACAAAUCUGUGAUAAAUAAUACAGAGGCAAUCAGUUGACUUUUAAUUUUUACAAACUUGAUUUUUUACAAAUUUCAAAUUCUCAACAUAUUCAAUCACAAUUAUAAAUGAAGACUGUCUUUAACAAUUGAAGUUCUGUUAUUUGCUGUUUGUUAAUUUAAACCCAGGGAGAUUACUUGCUUGAAUGUUUCCAUAAUAUUUUCAUAACACUCAAUAACAAUUACAGCUUGACAUUUACAAAUCAAAUGUCAACCAUAUUGUGAUGUUUUUUGUAUAUUUAUAACUGUUAUUAUUGACAAUAAAUUUCCGUAAAUUUCAUUCAAA